AUGCCUAAGGACAGUGAUAAGGUCCAAGCCCUAGCUGAACCCAGCUCGCUGGAUUUAUUAAACACAGUAUCAGUGAAAGUUCCAGCCUUUUGGCCAGAUUCUGCAGAGGCCUGGUUCGUGCAGGAGACGGCUAAUCAAGUUCUGGACCUCAUCAAGAAUCCUCCAUCUUCCGACCCCUAUGAAGCCUUGAAGAGCCGUUUAUUGAGGUUGUUUGCUCUCGACGAUUAUCACAGGUAUGAAGCAAUCUCCAACCUUCCUCUCUCCGGCGACAUGAAACCUUCAAAGCUUAUGUCAAAUAUGCUCGCCCUGCUACCUCUUGGUCACAAGCCGUGCUUUUUUCUCCGUGGAGCGUUUCUGAAGAGGUUGCCUGCCAACGUUCGAGCUCACCUGCUGAGGGACGAUUUUUCAGUUCCUAUAGCCUUAGCCUUGAAAGCGGACGAGAUCUAUCAGAGCAAAGUUUCCUCCUCUACUGUCUACACGGUUUCCAGCGCCCCGGAGGAUGUUGUCAACGCCGUGAGAUCCUCACCUACAAACCGCCCACGACGUUCAGCAACUCCUCACUCCGGCAGCCGAGAUAACAGAUCAUCGUCUCCGACUCUGUGUUACUAUCAUCGUACCUGGGGAUCUAAGGCUAAGAAAUGUAGAGCUCCAUGUUCCUGGUCGGGAAACUAG